AUGGAUAAAAGCUCAUCAGAUAUUAGAAAGGAUUUAAACAAUGGGGAAGAAAAUACAAACUGCGGAUUCGAAUGGUACUCACCGCAAUGGCUGCAAGGAUUGGCUAGUAAAAAAAUGUAUGUUCUGGUCUAUGGAUUCCUUGGAAUGAAUCAAACAGCGAUAGGCUCUUACUUUAUCGGUACAAUUAGUACCAUUGAGAAACGGUUCAAAUUACCAAGCAGUGCCUCAGGUUUGAUAGCAAGUGCUUGGGACUUGGGAGCCCUCUGCACUGUGGUGUCCCUUACUUACUUGGGUGCUGGUAGCCAUAAGGCACGCUGGGUUUCAGCUUGUAGCAUCAUAGCUGCUAUAUCCUGCUAUCUCAGAUAUCUUCCUUAUUUGUUGUAUGGUCCUCAGGAGAAUCUUUUUCUGUCUUCCAACUCUACUAUAAGUCUCUGCAACACGAGCGUUGAAGAUAAUCAUUACUGCUCAUUUAACUCGGAAGGGUUUACGACUUGGCUUAUUCUGAUCACAGCUAACAUAGGACUUGGCGUUGGUACAUCUACCUACAACACGCUUGGGGCAGCCUACCUGGACGACAACUCUUUAAAGAACAAAACACCUUUUUUAAUAUCUGUAGUAACAUGUCUACGUUAUGUUGGCGGAAUGUUUGGUUUCCUCCUCGCAUCUUACGCAUUAAAUAAAAAUGAAAUUCCUGAUAUCAACAAAUCAUUCGAUGAGAAAGAUGAGAGCUGGAUCGGAGCCUGGUAUCUAGGAUGGAUGCCAUUGGGAACAGUCCAUUUAGUUUUUGCUUUGAUGAUGGCAGCGUUCCCAGAAAUAUUGCCAAGGGAAGCCAAGAGGAGGCAGAGUCGCUCAGCACUUUAUUGUAACGGAAGAUCUUCGACUGGUGAGCUGAAGGGAACUCUAACAAGAUUGGUGAAGAACCCCAUCCUGGUUUGCAAUGUUCUUAGCGCAACUUCCCACACGUUCGCUGUCGCUGGUUACUGGAUCUUCAUGCCAAAGUAUAUUGAGACUCAGUUUCAUCAGUCACCCUCGAGAGCCAGCCUAAUAACAGGUAGUGUUGGCUUGUUAUGUACGAUAAUCGGUACCUUUCUCUCGGGUAUAGUCAUCUCGAGGUACAAGCCCCACGCCCGGUUCUUGGUAGGUUGGAGUAUCUUCACCAAACUGGUGGACCUCCUGGCUCACCUUAUCUUCUUAUUUCUCACCUGUGGAGGCCAUCAAACGAAUGACCCGAGCACAUCUCUUUUGAGGUUAUCGCCAGGGUCAUCAGAAUGUGUUGCAUCCUGUUAUUGUUCUGCUGAUUACAACCCGAUCUGCUCCACCACCAAUAGAGUCCUAUACUUCUCGCCCUGCCAUGCAGGCUGUACAACUACAAAUGUUUUAGGCAAUGGCCAGGUGCUGUUCGGCAAUUGUAGCUGUAUGGCGGCUAACGAUGAAUCAGCACUAGCUGGUUCUUGUGCGAUGAAUGAGUGUUAUAACAACAACAGCCACUUCACAAUCUUUUUGAUUCUUCUGUGCCUUCUCAAGUUCUUGUCCUACAGCAGCAGGGCAGGCAACAUCAUAAUACAAUAUAGGUCGGUUUUCGAAUGA